GUAAUUCAGAAAUGAAUUAUUUAUAAGUAAUCUCUAAGUUAAUAUUUAAAAAAAUAAUAUUUGUUGCUUAAAAAUUAUAAUUUAUUUAAAAAAUGCCUAAAGAAGCUAAAUGUUCAGUUGCUCGAUGUGCUCUGUAUUCUAGUAAUGCUCUGAUCAUGCUCGGAAGUAAUGCGCUUGUAGUUAUAGGAAUUUUGUUACGGGUGUUUAUGAUUAACAAAGACACAUUUACUAAUAAAUAUAUUCGUCUUUUUCCGAUAACUAUUAUAAUAUUUGCAAUAAUAAUUUCUGUUCUGGCUCUUGUUUCUUCUUGUUCGGCAUCGAAACGAAAUGCAUGUUGCUUAACAACGUGUUGUAUAAUAAUUGCUUGGAUAUUAAUUACGCAAAUUAUAUUAGGAAUAGUUAUAUCUGAGAAAAAAGAAAUGAUAUAUAAAAUCAUUAAAUACAACAUGGCAGAUUCACUGAAGUAUUUCGUACAGAAAAAAAGCGUCAAAAUAGAGUGGGAUAUAUUAACUAUAAGCAAAAAUUGUUGCGGUGUAGAAAAUUAUAAAGAUUGGGAAUUUCUUUUUGGAGAUCAUCAGUUACCGGGAGCUUGCUGCUUUGAACCUGGUUUCUAUUGUGACAUUUCAAGACCAGGAGACAAAGAAAUAUUUCAAACUGGAUGCUAUGAGAAAAUAAUGUAUGAAUUCAAAUACGGAAUAUAUUUAUACGAGAUAAUAAAUUUGAUAGUUUGUAUAUUCGAGCUGGAAAACGUUGUUUAUGGAAUUUAUUAUGUUCGUGCUUACGUAAUCAAUACGGCAAUGAUGGAAGAUAGUUUAUCGACUUCGUCAUCGACAUCUUCAAUUUAAUUCAAUCAGCUGAAAAAUUUAUGUACAGAAAUAUAUCAAUGUGAUAUUUUCGUAAAUAAACGAUUAAA